GCCGCAGUUUACCUUCACACUAACAAAUCCUCAGUUUGCUAUUAUCAACGGCGAUUGCUACUUACUUAGUCACAAUAAUGCGGCGGCAACAGUCCUUUCGCUUCGAGGACCAAGACUCUUCCUCCAUGGCCAUGCGGAUGAAUCGUCGUUUUUCACGCGUUGAGUCCGGUGCGGACCUAAAGGAUUACUUUGAUCGCGGCGAUAUUGCGUCACGGGAGAACCGAUGGAACUUCGAGGUGGCUUGGGAGGUGGCCAACAAGGUCGGCGGCAUUUAUACAGUAAUUCGCUCCAAGGCCUAUGUCUCCACCGAGGAAAUGGGCGAGCAGCUGUGCAUGAUGGGACCCUACAAGGAGAACUGUGCCCGCACCGAGAUGGAGGAAAUGGAAUUUCCACGCGGCAAUCCGUUGUUGGAUGCCGUGAAUACGCUGCGCUCGCGUGGCUAUAAAAUUCACACCGGUCGCUGGCUGGUCGAUGGCAAUCCGCAGUUGAUACUGUUUGACAUUGGCUCUGCCGCCUGGAAGUUGGAUCAGUUCAAGUCGGAGAUGUGGGAGAAGUGUAACAUUGGUAUACCUCACUUGGACAUAGAGACUAAUGAUGCCGUCAUUCUUGGUUUCAUGAUUGCCGAGUUCCUCGAAGAGUUCCGCAACUUUGCCAUUUCCUAUUCGCAAAACAACGAAUUGAGUCCACCGCGCAUCGUUGCCCACUUCCACGAGUGGCAGGCUGGCGUUGGUUUAAUUGUGCUACGCACUCGUCAAGUUGAAAUUGCCACCGUGUUCACCACACAUGCCACACUCCUGGGUCGCUAUCUGUGUGCCGGCAACACCGAUUUCUACAACAAUCUGGACAAGUUUGCUGUGGAUGAAGAGGCUGGCAAGCGACAAAUCUAUCAUCGUUACUGCCUGGAACGCGGCGCCACGCAUCUGUCGCAUGUUUUCACAACCGUCUCAGAAAUUACGGGCUAUGAGGCGGAGCAUCUGCUCAAACGCAAGCCAGACAUCAUUACGCCCAAUGGCCUCAAUGUCAAGAAGUUCUCGGCCAUUCACGAGUUCCAGAACUUGCACGCCGUUGCCAAGGAAAAGAUCAACGAAUUUGUUCGCGGUCACUUCUACGGUCAUAUGGACUUUGAUCUGGACAAAACGCUGUACUUCUUCAUUGCUGGUCGCUAUGAGUUUGGCAACAAGGGCGCCGACAUCUUCAUAGAGUCACUGGCCCGUCUCAAUGCCAUGCUUAAGCACGAACGCCCCGAUACCACAGUGGUGGCCUUCCUCAUCUUUCCCACCAAGACGAACAACUUCAAUGUGGACUCGUUGCGUGGUCAUGCUGUAAUUAAACAGCUGCGCGACACCAUCAACAAUGUGCAGCAGGCGGUGGGCAAACGUAUGUUUGACACUUGCCUCAAGGGACACAUUCCCGGCCCCGAUGAGCUGCUGCAGAAGGAUGAUCUGGUCAAGAUCAAGCGUUGUAUGUUCGCCAUGCAGCGUGACUCAAUGCCACCGGUGACCACGCACAAUGUGGCCGACGAUUGGAACGAUCCCGUGCUCGCCGCGAUCAGGCGUUGUCAUUUAUUCAAUUCAGUGCACGAUCGCGUCAAAAUGGUCUUCCAUCCGGAGUUCUUGACUUCGACAAAUCCACUGUUUGGCAUUGAUUACGAGGAAUUUGUACGUGGCUGCCAUUUGGGAGUGUUUCCCUCAUACUACGAGCCCUGGGGCUAUACGCCAGCCGAGUGCACAGUGAUGGGUAUCCCAAGUGUGACCACAAAUCUGUCUGGUUUCGGUUGCUUCAUGCAGGAGCACAUCAGUGAUCCAAAGUCCUAUGGCAUCUACAUUGUCGAUCGUCGCUACAUCGGCCUCGAGAACAGCGUGCAACAAUUGUCCACCUUCAUGAUGGAAUUCUCACGUCUGAAUCGCCGACAGCGCAUCAUUCAGCGCAAUCGCACGGAGCGACUCAGCGAUCUGCUCGACUGGCGUACGCUGGGCAUUUACUACAGACAGGCUAGGGUGAAGGCCUUGCAGGCCGUCUAUCCUGAUUAUGUGGACGAAUCCGCCAUGUACGGUUCUCGUAGUAACUUGAUUUUCUCACGUCCACACAGCGAGCCACCAAGUCCGACCUCAUCGCGUCACACUACUCCGGCGCCGUCGGUGCAUGGCUCGGAUGACGAGGACUCUGUGGAUGAGGAAACUGAGCUCAAGGAGUUGGGUAUUAAGUAAUUCAGCCUGCCCCCAUACCCGCGAAGUUCGUCGUCAGCAGCAUUGGCUUAACGAACAAAACCAUACAGCGCAAUAUUACCAUAAGUUUAGUAAUUUUGUUUUCACAUAUUUAAAAUGGAAGAGGGGCGGCACAAAUGUUCAAAAGGUCAAACAGUCGCAACCACGCCCACGUCAACGCCCACAAAAACACAAAAAAAAAAAAAUAAGUAAAUACAAUCUACCUAAAAAUGCUGCAACUGUUUUCUAAAACGAAAUUUAUA